GAAAAAAGCGAAAAAAUGAUCUACUACAUGCUACUACUCCUUCUGCCCGCUGUGUUGGCCCAGGAUCAGCAGCACACCACGGAGUCGCUGUCGAGCAAGCACCAGCAGAUAUCGCACUCGAAUGCGAUAAUGGGCGAGGCCGGGGUCUCCAACUCGCAGCUGAUGCAGCCCUCGACCCCGGCGCGCACCCUGCGACCUUUGACCGCGGGCGGCGGCGGCGGGGGCGGCGACCCCUCGCUGUACGACGCGCCCGACGACUGCCACUUUAUGCCAGCGGCUGGGCUGGACCAGCCGGAGAUAGCGCUGACCUGCAACCUGAGGACCGUGAACAGCGAGUUCGACACGACCAACUUCAGCGUGAUACCCGCCGAGCACACGGUGGCCCUGCACAUCCUGUGCAACGACGAGAUCAUGGCCAAGAGUCGCCUGGAGGCGCAGUCCUUUGCCCACUUGGCCCGGCUGCAGCAGCUGUCCAUCCAGUACUGCAAGCUGGGGCGCCUGGGUCGCCAGGUCCUCGAUGGCCUGGAGCAGCUGAGGAACCUCACCCUGCGGACCCACAACAUCCUGUGGCCCGCGCUGAGCUUUGAGAUCGAGGCGGACGCCUUCCUGGUGACCCGCAGGCUGGAGCGACUGGACCUCAGUUCGAACAACAUCUGGUCGCUGCCGGACAACAUAUUCUGCACCCUGUCCGAGCUGUCCGCCCUGAACAUGAGUGAGAACCGCCUGCAGGAUGUCAACGAGCUGGGCUUCAGGGACCGCAGCAAGGAGCCACAGCCGAGUGCCUCCACCGAAUCCGCAUCUGCCUCCACCACGGAGUCGGCCAGGAAGGGCAGCAGCGCCAGCAGCAGCUGUUCUUUGGACCUGGAGUACCUGGAUGUGAGCCACAACGACUUUGUGGUCCUGCCAGCCAAUGGCUUUGGCACUUUGAGGCGACUGAGAGUGCUGUCGGUGAACAACAACGGCAUCUCGAUGAUAGCCGACAAGGCUCUGAGCGGCUUGAAGAACCUGCAGGUCCUGAAUCUGAGCUCCAACAAAAUCGUGGCCCUGCCCACAGAGCUCUUUGCCGAACAGGCCAAGAUUAUCCAGGAGGUGUACCUGCAGAACAACUCGAUAAGUGUGCUGAAUCCGCAGCUCUUCUCCAAUCUGGACCAGCUGCAGGCCCUGGACCUGUCCAUGAACCAGAUAACCUCCACCUGGAUCGACAAGAACACCUUCGUGGGCCUGAUCCGCCUGGUGCUGCUCAACCUGUCGCACAACAAGCUGACCAAGCUGGAGCCAGAGAUCUUCAGCGAUCUGUACACGCUGCAGAUCCUGAACUUGCGUCACAACCAGCUGGAGAACAUAGCCGCCGACACAUUCGCGCCCAUGAACAACCUGCACACGCUGCUGCUGUCGCACAACAAGCUGAAGUACCUCGAUGCCUAUGCCCUGAACGGGCUGUACGUGCUGUCGCUGCUCUCGCUGGACAACAAUGCGCUGAUUGGCGUGCAUCCGGACGCCUUCCGCAACUGCAGUGCCCUGCAGGACCUCAACCUGAAUGGCAAUCAGCUGAAGACGGUGCCGCUGGCCCUGCGCAACAUGCGGCACCUGAGGACGGUGGAUCUGGGCGAGAACAUGAUAACCGUGAUGGAGGACAGCGCCUUCAAGGGCCUGGGCAACCUGUACGGCCUGCGCCUGAUUGGCAACUAUCUGGAGAACAUCACGAUGCACACGUUCAGGGAUCUGCCCAGCCUGCAGAUCCUGAAUCUGGCCAGAAACCGCAUUGCAGUCGUGGAGCCCGGAGCCUUCGAGAUGACCUCCAGCAUCCAAGCCGUUCGCUUGGACGGCAAUGAGUUGGGCGACAUCAAUGGACUGUUCAGCAACAUGCCUUCCCUGCUCUGGCUGAACAUCUCCGACAAUCGCCUUGAGUCCUUCGACUACGGCCAUGUCCCGGCCACCCUGCAAUGGCUGGACCUGCACAAAAACCGCCUCAGUUCGCUGUCCAACCGUUUCGGCUUGGAUGCCGAGCUGAAGCUGCAAACGCUGGACGCUAGCUUCAACCAACUGCAGCGCAUUGGACCUGGCUCCAUACCGAACUCCAUAGAGCUGCUGUUCCUCAACGACAACCUGAUCACCACCGUGGACCCGGACACCUUCAUGCACAAGACCAAUCUGACGCGGGUGGAUCUGUAUGCCAAUCAAAUCACCACGCUGGACAUCAAGUCCCUGCGGAUUCUGCCAGUGUGGGAGCAUCGGGCCCUGCCGGAGUUCUACAUCGGGGGCAAUCCCUUCACCUGCGACUGCAACAUCGACUGGCUGCAGAAGAUCAACCACAUCACUUCGCGGCAGUAUCCCCGGAUAAUGGACCUGGAGACCAUCUACUGCAAGCUGCUGAACAACCGGGAGCGGGCCUACAUUCCGCUGAUCGAGGCCGAGCCCAAGCACUUCUUGUGCACCUACAAGACGCACUGCUUUGCAGUGUGCCACUGCUGCGAGUUCGAUGCCUGCGACUGCGAGAUGACCUGCCCCACCAACUGCACCUGUUUCCACGACCAGACCUGGUCCACGAACAUCGUGGAGUGCUCCGGAGCGGCCUACUCCGAGAUGCCCAGGCGGGUGCCCAUGGACACCACCGAGCUGUACAUCGAUGGCAACAACUUUGUGGAGCUGGCCGGUCACUCGUUCCUGGGUCGCAAGAACCUGGCCGUGCUGUAUGCCAACAACUCGAACGUGGCGCACAUUUACAACACCACCUUCAGCGGGCUCAAGCGCCUGUUGAUCCUGCACCUGGAGGACAACCACAUAGUGAGCCUGGAGGGCAACGAGUUCCACAACCUGGAGAAUCUGCGCGAGCUGUACCUGCAGUCGAACAGGAUAGCCAGCAUAGCCAAUGGCAGCUUCCAGAUGCUGCGCAAGCUGGAGAUCCUGCGACUCGACGGCAACCGCCUGAUGCACUUCGAGGUGUGGCAGCUGAGCGCCAAUCCCUACCUGGUGGAGAUCAGCCUGGCCGACAACCAGUGGAGCUGCGAGUGCGGCUACCUGGCCCGCUUCCGGAACUACCUGGGCCAGAGCUCGGAGAAGAUUGUGGACGCGUCGCGGGUGAGCUGCAUCUACAACAAUGCCACCAGUGUGCUGCGCGAGAAGAACGGCACCAAGUGCACGCUGCGGGAUGGCGUGGCCCACUACAUGCACACCAACGAGAUCGAGGGCCUGCUGCCGCUGCUCCUGGUGGCCACCUGCGCCUUCGUGGCCUUCUUCGGCCUGAUCUUCGGCCUCUUCUGCUACCGCCACGAGCUGAAGAUGUGGGUCCACUCCACCAGCUGCCUGAUGAACUUCUGCUACAAGUCGCCCCGGUUCGUCGACCAGCUGGACAAGGAGCGGCCCAACGAUGCCUACUUUGCCUACAGCCUGCAGGACGAGCACUUUGUCAACCAGAUCCUGGCGCAAACCCUGGAGAACGACAUCGGUUACAGGUUGUGCCUGCACUACAGGGAUGUCAACAUCAAUGCCUACAUCACAGAUGCCCUGAUCGAGGCCGCCGAAAGCGCCAAGCAGUUCGUGCUGGUGCUGUCCAAGAACUUCCUGUACAACGAGUGGAGCCGCUUCGAGUACAAGAGCGCCCUGCACGAGCUGGUGAAGCGCCGGAAGCGGGUGGUGUUCAUCCUGUACGGCGACCUGCCGCAGCGCGACAUCGACAUGGACAUGCGGCACUACCUGCGCACGAGCACCUGCAUCGAGUGGGACGACAAGAAGUUCUGGCAGAAGCUGCGCCUGGCCCUGCCCCUGCCCAAUGGUCGGGGCAACAACAACAAGCGGGUGGUCUCCGGCUGCCUGUCGGCGCGCACGCCCUCGGUGAAUAUGUACGCCACCAGUCACGAGUACCAUCAGGCCAAUGGCAACGGUGGGGUAAUUCCGCCCCCCAGUGCCCGCUACGCUGAGUGUGGCAGCAACAACUAUGCCACCAUCAACGAGUGUGGAGCGGCGGCGGGGCGUGGCUACAAGCCCAUUCCCACGUCUGCCUCGGCGGCGGCGGCCGCCUGCAAGUUCAACACCAUGAACCAGCUGUCCAAGAAGCAGCAGCGCGACCUGAGCGUGGCCGGCAUGGCCAAGACGCUGGAGCACCAGCACCACGGCCAUGCCAGCCACCAGGCGGGCAGUCGGCGGAGCCAGCACGAGUACGCGGUGCCCAGCUACCUGCCCAGUGCCGCUCCGGCCUACGACAGCGUGGACUACGCCAAGCAGCAGCUGCGGAGCAACGCCAACGGCUGUGAGUGCGUCAACCUGGGCACCGGCAAGCGGCCGCCGGCGAAGGGAUCCGCCGCCGCUGGACUGCCCUCCAGCUUCAGCUCGAACUUUGUGCCGCCGGGCGGCGCAGCCUCGUACAACUGCAAGAAGUCCUGCGGCUGCAUGGGCGACGAGGAGUUGCUCUGCAGCUGCGGCGGAGGCGGGGGCAUCGGCGUGAACUUGCUGGAGAGUGGCACCCAGAGCAGCGUCACCAUGAGCAGCAGCAGCAACAACAGUCGCCAGCCGGAGCUCACCCACUACGAGUCCAAUCUCAGCCUGAACGACGACGACGACGAGGAUGAGGACGGGGACGGGGAUCAGGAUCAGCAGAAGAACCUGUGGGCGUAACGGGUCUAGUUUAGGUCUAGGGGGCUAGAAAAAACAGCAGGAGACAGACUGCGCAACCAGUGAAUUUAUACAACUUAACGGAAAACUCUAAACUAAACAUAAACUAUAAACUAAACAUGAAUAUAUAUAUAUAUAUAUAUAUAUAAAGAGGCAGGCAGUUAGCAUACUUUUUGGCAUGGUUCAAACAGACUGAUACUUUUAGUUCUUUAAAUAAAUUACAAUUCAUAACCCUGUAAAUAGCGCCAGCGGAGAUGGAAACUUUACCUUAAAAUGAGAUUUCAAUAAUUUAAAUAUUGUAAAAAAAAGGACACAAAACGGUUUUUAUAUAAGGGCCUGUACAUAAUUAUGAAUUUAAUAUAAAUCCUUAAUUUAUUUAAUAUUACAUAGCUACCACAGCCGUAAGAAAAACCAUGUUGAAUAAAAAAUAAAUGUACGAGAAACAAAAAAAAACAAAAC